AAGCGACAGAAAGCGUUUUGAGCUGAAAGCGUUAGGCUCAAUGAGGUGCUCAUGAUGGAGCUGGCUUCAUAAACUGGAUGUGCCCUUCUAGAGGCUCUCGCCGAGGCUUCCUGUGGCUUUGCAUUCUGUCCUGUGGCACCGCUGCUGGAUCGCCAUGUCCACAUGUCGAAUCGGAGGGGCAGUCCCUCAUUCAAUUUGCUCAUGAUACAAGCUGUCCGACAUUCUACGUUCCAGUGGCCGACCAGGAGGGCUGCCCUCAUGGUAGGCUGACAGGAUCAGCGUCAAAGGGGAACUUGCAAGCCAUUGAUGUGCGGGCUGUCUAUUACGUGCCACGGCCGAUCGGCGUCUCAUCUGGUGACAAGGACGUCUACACGGCGACCUUCCAAAACCUGCACAAACGCGAUCUGUACCUUAUAGCAAAGGUGCUUCACGCGAACGCUGUGGUGCUGGAACCGUGGAAUGCGAAGGAGAAUCACAACAUCUUCCUGGAGCUUUGCAGGAGUUUCGGUCUUUUUGUCGUUCCGACCUUUGACCUCAAGUACUUUUUUCAGGAAGAAUGGUUGAAGCGAGACUCUUUGGAGCGGGAGAAAGAAAUGCUCAAACAUUUUGACAACCUUUUGCUCAGUGUGCAAAGUACAGAUCCGAUUCUGGCAUGGACGGUGAACUUUGGCCUGGCGUUGAAUGAAACUAUUGCCACGACUCCCUCGGACUCUUGGCAAGGAGAUGAUGCCAGGCGCCAGGUCUACUUCUCCAUGGUGACAGCUCUGAGGAGAGGCCACUACAGGAGAGAAUGGCAGGAGGAGCAAAAGUCAUUUCAGCGGCCGCUCUUAUUGCCAGUUGAUCUGGAUUCCAGAAGAUCUGAGACAGACGUUGCGUGGUACAUGGCACUGGCAGAAACUGCUUGGGCUACAUGGCCCACUGAGAUCAAAGAAGCUCAGGAGCUUAAGAGCCUUCAAACGCUUGGAGCAUUCGACGGUUGGAUUGGCUACACCACCCCACCUAGCUCUCAUCUAGGCAUCAUAGACACCAACAAUCAGGCAGCUGUAAUGACGAUGUUUGCGGGAGAUACCUCAAAAGCACCGAAAGACUUGUCCCCCUUUCCAAAGUGCUUGAAGGAAGAAAGUGGAGUAGGUUGCAAAUACAGAAGCAACAAGAUCAAAAUCUUGCAGUUCGGCUUCAGCGCCCUGCAGCCAUCUACAGAAAAGUAUUUGAAGAUGGAGGUGAAUGCUGAAAUGCAACAGAAACUCCUUCUGGAGGUCUGGAACAACAGGAUCAAAAAAAAGAGUUUUCAAUGUACUUUGGCCGGUGUAGUCAUCGAUCAAUGGGCUGAUGAUUGGGACAGAUGCGCGGCGCAGAGGGGCUUGCAAUCCAAUCCGUUCUCUCAGAACAUUGGUGGCAUUUGCGAUGAUGUUGCCAAUGACAAGCGCCGACACCUUGAGUGGUACGGUCUCAGUGCCCAAUACGACUCAUUCGGGACACAUUGCAUUGACGCUCGAUUCUUGCCGUUUGGCAGCAACGUGUGGGAAGGCUUCCGCUUUGAGGAAGCGCAAACAGCUAAACAGUUGCUGGAGGAUCCGGAGUUUAGCGGCUUUUGCCAUCGGUUGACGCCAAGCGCUUAUCAGGUGACACUUACUGCUUUGGGCAUUCUUUUGCUGACGGUCAUUCAGUGCUACCGAACAUGGAACCUCUGCAGACGCGGCAGAAGCGGGAAGAAUCAACAGCAGGCAGAAACGGAACUCAUGGAAGCAGCAGGUCAAUCUUCCCGUGAAAGCGUUGCCACUCGUAUGUCGCGUGCACGGCGCACGGUUGCUGACAUAGACGUUGUGGUGACUCCACCAAGCUCAGGGUUGCCCACAUCAGCUUCAUCAGCUUCGACCCAGGAGCUGUCUCCUCAUUCGAUGAGUGCGCCUUGCAGCAUCGCUCCUUCGAGCAUUGCAACUGAGCCAGAGGAGUCCAGAGGCCGCGUGCCCUUGGCGCAUGUGAGCAUUGCCAUGCAGAUACCUCCUCAGCUUAGUGGAACAAGAGAGCAGGCUGGGUCUUCUGGAAAGGAAAAUGGUUGCAACAUCGUUCUCACAUUGCAGGUGGUUGGCUCUCGGAAGCGCAACAUGGGGCAAGAGCAGGCCUCGUUCCAUCUCCAGGCACAUCACUCUGCGCAGUUCAGACGUUUGUGGCAUCAGGUCCAGUGUGAAGCGCUCACCUUGCAGGCCCUUGGCUUUGCCGAAGCUCAAUGCCACAAACUGGCCAUGGCCAAUGUGCAUGCACGAGCGAUGGAAGGCUAUUUGGUGUGGCUACAAAAUCGGAAAGAACCACAACGAGACCGACACGGUCAUGACAAGCUGCAGUCCUUGCUGGGAGAGGAAGAUUUGCGGGAGCCGUGGGAGCUGUGGACGGAGGUUCUUCUAUUGCGAGUUCUGGAGUCUCUUUCUGAACACGGUUUACAUGCGCCAGAGUUCAUUGCCGCGCUUUAUGAUCAAGUCCGAUUUUCCCAUGAGACUGAUGAGGUGCGCAUCGCAAAUGAUGCGGAAUUCACCAUCAAAUAUGACCUGGUCCUCAGCGGAGUCGAGGCCAUUCGACGGAAUGGGGAUCCUUUCCGUGGUGGCUUAAACUUCGACGAUGUAAAUGAGCUGGGCUUGGAGGGGCGAAUUGACCGAAUGGCAAAGACAUACCGGGAGGCGCCAUCACUGUGGGUUGUGCUGGAUCUUUUGUCAAACUUUCAACAAGUUUUUGUCAUGAAAGUCUGGAUCUUCCUCUUCGCGUGGUACGCGUACAUGUCACAGGACUCCCGGAAUGGCUACCUCUUUUACCCAACAUUCAAACGUGCGAACACCCUCCAAUACAUCGCGAUCGGCGAGUCUGCUGGGGCUGCAGUCGUCGAUGUACUUGUCAUAUUCCAUGGACUUGGGCAAUGGCGCUUAUCCAGCUUAUGCUGUGCAUUUUGCAAGGCAGCAGGAGGUGUGGAAGCAAACCGUUGUCGAUGGCUACUGCGCCGAACGUUUUCGAUGGUCGUCUCAGCUUGCGGAGCUGCAGCAAUGUAUCGCAAGAUGCACAUCCAGGAUCUGGACAUGAAUGCCAAGGAAGAGGACAUCCAGGAGCUAAAGAAUGGCUACAGUCCGGAGAUGAAAGAGGCGAUCAUCACUGCAUCUAUUGUCUUCGGAAUCCGAGUUUUGUGCUACUUCAUCACAACCAGGCCAGAUAACAUUCCGUUCAUCAAAGGCCGGGCCAAGGACAAGGUCAUCUCAGGCAGGCCAUCGCCCGCCAUGCCCUUGGACGCCUCAGCCCCAUUGUUGGCCACGGGCAUUUCACAAAUGUCUUCCAGCAUGGCCAACAGGACUCGAAUAUCAUCCUUGGAGUCGGAGGACACCUCGGCGCAGGACCAACAAAAUGCAGCAGAUUAUCGGAAGUUUGCAAAAGCAGAGGUGCAAAUCUUGCGUGAUUUCGCAUGGCUGUUUAUGCUGUUGGCAUGCUUCCUCUUCGAGUUGAGAUUCAUUGUGCCGCUGAUUGCAGACUUCGAAUUUGGCUUAUUCUGUGGUGACACUUGCCAAAUCCGACAGACGAAACACUUCAAGCUCAUCACCAGUGACUGCUUCGCCUGCGUGGGUGCUCUCGGCUUUGUUUGGUCUUUGGUCAUCCUCACAGCCUUCUUUGACAUUUACUACAUUUUUUAUGCUGGGACUGCUAUCUUUGGGUAUUGUAUGGGCGAAUGGCGAGGCUUGCGAAAUGUUCUGUCUACAGCACUGCGGCAUUUGGACCUGGACUCCUGUUCAGAAGGACGCGUUCCAGGCUUGCAGAAACCGAAAAGGCGUGAAGACCGCCAGAUCAGUGAUGGCGAGGCGAUGCAAUCAAUCUUUGGCGUCUCAUGGCGCAUGGUUUGGAGUCGCAUUGUGGAAGCCCUUUAUGAGGAUUGUGUGAUCUCCUCUGACCAGGCAAAUGCCAUGACAAAGGCUGCUAGUACGGUUCGCUGGCACGACGCCGAUGGCCUGAAGAAGAUCGCCUUGCCAAAGGAUGAAGUCAGCAGGUUGCGUUUCAUAGCUACGCGUUUGCGCAGUGGAACCCCAGCAAAGGAAUCCAGCUCGGCGGGAGCCCGCUACCGAUGCAUCUCUGCUCUGGAGGUCCAUGUGAGAACCGGUGCCUAUUCCAACGAAAGGCGAGUGCUCUCAGACAUCGAAGACUUCACUGUAGACUGCAAUCUUGACUCCGAGGAUCUGAGGGAGAAGCUCGUGCAGGCGUUGCAGGAGGACAAGAGUGUGGAAGCGAAGGUGUCCUUUUCCGCUUUUGACUUGCCUCCGGGUUCCCGACUAUUGGCAGUGCACCCGGCUGAUGGACAUGAGAACAGCAUCGCCGGCAACAGUGAGAUCAGUCACAAGAUGUCCAUAGACUACCGCAAAUGUCUCAGCAAGGAGGAUCUGAUAGAAGACCUAUGCAACGUCACCUUGCCUGCCUUGUUGGUGUUUCAGCGCAAUGGUGCCAGCUUCUCUGAGGUGGAGUUAAAUCUUGAGCCGCCUGCAAGUGUGAAAUCCAUUUCCUUCAAGACUGGCAAGGACGACCCUGGCUUUGAUCCUGUGUGCUGGAAGGUGGAGGGCUUUGUCACAGAUGAGACUGAUGAAGCUGGUGGAAGGUGGAAGCAACUUGUGUUUCAAGACAAGCCGUACUUGCCACCGACCAGACGUGAGACUGAGCUCUGUGUGGUCUUUGAUGUGGAGCGUUGGCGAACAGAGACAAAGGCUGGCAGCAUCACGCUUCAAUCUUUCCUACCAGUGGUGCAAGAGCGUCUCAGCUUCUUCACAGCGUCUCUCCGGAGCCUUCUGGGGUCUAGUGACAAAUAUAGCAUACGUCCUGGCAUUGACACGCUCUUGGACAGCCAUGUGGGGAACAUCCCUUCUCUGACACAGGUGAUCCCGUGCUACAAUGAGACUGUCAUACUCAGCAAGAAGUUCCUGCGAGAUGAAGAUGGGACAAAUACAAAUCUUGCUUUUAUCAUCUCCCAGUUCCCUGAUGAGUGGCGAUUCUUCUGUGACAGGCACAGCUAUUCCGUCAAGGAUAUGUACAACGCGUUCAUGGGCAGCAGCGGCCAAGAAUUGUCAUCCAGCUUGUGCAUGGAGGUUCGCAUGUGGGCAUCGAUGAGGUCGCAGACAGUGGCAAGGACUGUGGUCGGUGCAAUGCAAUACCAAGAGGUGAUUGCCAUGCUGCCAAGCGUGCAGGCCUCGAGGAACCCACACAAGGCACUGGAAGACUGCGUGGAGCUAGUUCUAGCACAUCAGACUUAUGGUAGCAAGGCCGGCUCUGAAGAGAAUGAUCGGGCAGUGCGGUACCUACUUGCAAAGUAUCAAGACAGAUCGUUCUACCUGGUCUUCGACUUUGACAUCGACAAGACGCGAUCAAGCAUCACCAGCGCAGUGCAGAAUUUUGUGAAAGAGAAGUACCGGUAUGAUCGGCCUGUCCGCUACGCGAGUGUCUUGGCCCGCCUCCGUGCUGACACCAAGUGUUCGGAGGAGGUGCCAGACAGCCGCCUCGAGCUCAUUGAAGUGCUGCCCAGGUGCUUCCCGCUGCUGGUGGGCACCCCCGGCUUCAUGACACAGGGCAAGGCGGGUAACCAACUCGGUGCUCUGCGGUUUUCAAGGGGCCACUUCUUGCAGAUGAUGGAUGCCAACAUGGGCGCAUUUUUGGGGGAGGCCAGCAAGGUGCCCUUCAUUCUGCGCCGCUUCCAGCCACACUGGUACGACAGGAGCACAGUGACAGCGCGGAUUAUUGGCUUUCGAGAAUUCAUCUUCACAGAGAGCCAUGGAGCAGUGGGUAGUGUGAUGGCCUCGGCUGAAUGGUCCUUCGGUACGAUCUGCCAGCGCUUCCUAUCCGGCUUGGGGGCAAGAAUGCAUUAUGGUCAUCCUGAUUUCUUGGAUGGCUUUUGGGCCUCCAAUCGCGGCUCCUUGUCAAAAGCAUCUCCGACAAUCAACCUUUCGGAGGAUAUUUUUGCUGGCUUCAAUGUGCGGAUGAGAGGUGAAGCCUCCAAGCACGUGGAUACACUGGCCUGGGAGAAGGGUCGAGAGUCCUCCUUCAACGCUGCAGCGCUUUUCUACACCAAGGUCAGCAAGGGCAAUGUUGGCGUUAUGCGGUCACGGGAUCUGAAGAUACUUACCCAGAACAUGAAUGUGGUUGACAACUUCUCUUUCUAUUUUGCAUCUGUUGGUUUCUAUUUCAACAAUUUGCUAAUUGACAUCUCUGCAACGGUCUACGUGUUCCUCUUCAUUCUCCUCGCUCUGUGCUCCAAGUCUUUAACAGAUGUGGCAUCACUCGAUUCCAUGCUGGCGACAGAAUGGACGCUCUCAAUGGGAACAAUCGCCAUGUUUCCGCGCUUCAUGGAGCUAACGCUGGAAUACGGGCCUUUAGAAGGUCUCUUGCGUUUUCUGCCAUCAAUCCCUGGAUGCAUGACGAUGUUCACCUUCAUCAAUAAGUCCAUUGCUUCGGGUUUGCAGGAGACGAUGGUUACUGGAGAGGCGUCCUACAUUGCCACUGGCCGGCCAAAUGCCAACACGCAUUACAGCUGGAAGGAAUGCUACUUCAUCCAUUGUGCAUCGCACUACUAUCCAGCCUUGAAGGUUUUCAUCAGCUACUAUGCUUAUGUUCUUGUGUCGCAGGCGAUGGGAUUUUCCACACUACCAAUGAUGGUCCUGCUGGCCACCUCAUCCAUGUGGCUGAUUGCGCCAGUGCUGUUCUGCCCACAGCCAACUUUGAGUUCGCUUAGUGGCGACUUGAAUGAGUUCUGGCAAUUCGCCAUCGCAGUGCCAGUUUGGACGGAUCGCUUUACGGUCGGACUUGAGCAAAUGAAGUCCACAGAGGAGCUCCUAAGGACCGGUUUGCGGGAUCCGCGCUCAUCCCUUUAUGAGUUCUGGUUACUGCGAGCCUUGGACCACAAAAGGUUCUCUUGCUUUCAGCGAGCCUGCUUCCUUCUUUGCGAGACGUGCUGUCUCGUAUUUCUGCUUGCCGUUAUGUACAGCUCUUUGAUUGACAACUAUUUUCUUGUGGUCUUGCUCUACGGAAUUCACUUUGUGCUGAUGGAGGUAUGGCGGCUUCUGAAUCGCCCCACAGUCAUCACGUUGCUGACCACGCUAAUGUGGCUGAUUGUGCCUGUUCUGACAGAUGUGCCGAUGCUGGAUAUGCUGGUCUUGCUAACGAUCGCGAUCCUGGCUCUGCGGGUCUUCCGGAGCCUGGCCCUUCUGACAGCAUGGCUCCUGCUCCGUCCCAACCUGGACUGGAAGCAAAUGCCUGAGCGAUCGGAAACAGAGCGAUCCGCCAAACAGGCUGCUGCUCGAACAAUGCAUCGAUAUGACAUGGUGGUUGAAUACUUGUAUGUCAACAUGAUGGGCCAUCAGCUUCAUUUGUAUGCGGCAGUGGCGAUCCUUCUCAUUAACCUGGUGGUGCAAUCGAUCUUAGUACUCUUAGAUGCUUCUUAUGGUCUUCACUCCUGGGCGCUGCUGAACUCACGUCUCCGGAGUAGGACCUGCUGCCAGCGUCGGCGUGGCUUCGAGCCAUGAAUGCUGCAUGCUGAGUUAACGACCGGCGGAGUUGCCCUUUGGCUGCUUGAAAUUCCGGACUUCUAUUCCGAUGUGUAUUCGAUUGAUUCUGGAGACGAUUCUUCUUCAAAACAUAUACUGUAG